AUGCCCCGAGGCUUCGACCAACCCACGUCAAGUUCUGCGUCCCGAGCUACCAAUGCGGGACUACGCGAGCAGAGCAAUCAACCAUCAAACAUAAGGACUAGACAGGGUCGGUUCGAAGCUCCUGCUACGAUACCGGGAGCUGGAGAGGCGAAGCAACCAUACCCGACCACAUCCAGACGCAAGUCUAGUAGUCCCUCAGCUUUGCCCCUCCCACAAGCAUCGAGCGAACCUCAACCGCCUCCUUCCGGACGCAAAUCGCCUGCCUAUUUGCAAGGCAGGAACCCAUAUGGCCGAGUCUUGGACAAGGUCCAGCAUCCGUACCGGGAGCCCGAGGCAGUGACAACAGCACCUAUACCGCCUUCCCAAGCUGGCUCCAAUAUCGGUUCACGGUCACCUGCGGUGGGGGUCACAGACUCCAAACAACAAUCUCUGGCCCAAGAGCCGGGUCGACGCGGCACCCAGACAACAUACCCGCCAUCAAGACAGCCACAGGUCCCCAAGUCAGUUCGCUCUGCCAAGGACUUCUUCGAGACGGAAGCCUUUCAACGUCCGUCAGCGUCCCGUCCCCCACCUUCAGUUCCUGGUACCAGUGCCGCGAAGGCGCUCGCACCCCAAACCUACCCUUCUAGUUCCUCUCUCGAAUCUCCUGCCCAUGCUCCCAAUCCGAAGUUGUCUUCUACUGCUGACGAGCAAGCCCUCGAUACUGGGCUGCUGUUGUCUUCUCUCACGGAAUUUUACGAUACUCGUGAAUCUGUGCAGUCUGUGAUCUCCUACAAACAAGGCGAAGCCGACGAGUGUGCUCCCAUCAUCACGACACAGAAAGCAACGCCCCCGGCCGUACCAUCUGAUCAGGGAGAGGAGCAGUACUUUUCCGACAUAGAGCGAGAAUCCAUUGGUCGGCGGAAGUCUACCAACAUCUUUGCAGGUAAAUCCGACGGUGCAAGGCUUCCAAGUCUCGGUCAACAGGCUGGACAGGACAGCUUUGCGAGCGAUAACAUCUCCAAGGCGUCGCUUCCUGACACUGGCGGGGCCAACCCAAUCGGUCACAAAGAUCCUUCUGACGAGAUUGUGAGGCGUCUCGCUACCCGCAGUUCAAUACCAGCUGCUGAGACCAGGCAAGCCAGCAAUCCGAACCCUCCGUCGCAACAGGAAGGUAGACGUGCGAAGUCUGGUCGCGAUCUUCGAAGGACUUUCGAGGAAGACAACGGGAUCUCUCCCAAACGGCUCAGGCGCAGCGGGUCACACACUGCUUCUUUGACAGAAAGUGGUACUUUAGCAAAAGAACCCGUCGAUCGUGUCGCGGAGUGGACCCAGAGUACGAAUGUUGGAACUCCUCGCAACCAGUCUGGGAAGUCCAUUGGUGUGCGUAGACGAGCUGAGGAGAUCGUGGCAAGGAAUCUCGGCCACGACGGUGCAAGCGACAUGAGUGUCUCCCGACAAAGCUGUAUCCCAGGCUCGAUACCAACUGCCAACAUCGGUGUCGAGGAGCAGUAUGGCGAGACCAAAGUGCCGGAUGAUGUCGACAACCGCCAAGGGUACGGACGUCGCGUCACACAAGAUUUUGGCUUCCCAGGCGCACGGAUCAAGUCGUAUGGCAUCAACAAGACAAGCCGACCUUUACGAGACCCUGGCAAUUGGACCAAGCGAGCAGCUACUGUCUACGAAGCGGCGGACACGCAGACGAGCUUCAUCAGAUUCAUUGACCUCUACAACCCCUUCAUCGAAAAUCUCCACAGAUGA